UAUCUUAAGAAAAAAGGAAUUUCAGUUUUAUAGUCCUAGCUUAAUCAAGAGAAUGAAUGAGGAAGAAGCUGCUCUGCUCUGAUGUAGUUCACCUUCAGAACAUGCUGGAAGCAAGCUUGUGCCAAAAGCAGCUCACAAAGGAUGCACGUAUACUGAAAAAAUGAGUGAAUGGAAGGUUAAGGCCCUGAUGUUGUCCUAGUGCUGUUCCUGUACCUCAAGUCAGUAUGUCAACGAAAUCCAAGGCCCCGCUUUCCUUGUCCGACUGCCUCUGCCAAAUUUGCAUGGAGAUCUUUGUGGAGCCUGUCACGCUGCCGUGCAGCCAUACCCUCUGUAAUUCCUGCUUCCAGAUGACCGUGGAAAAGGCCAGUCUUUGUUGCCCCUUUUGCAGGCGUCGAGUCUCUUCCUGGGCACGGUACAAUACCCGCAGAAAUACACUUAUCAACUGGGAAUUCUGGGAGAAGAUUCAGAAGAAUUACCCGGAGGAGUGUGAGCGCAGGAUUAACGGACAGGAUUUGGAUGAGGAAAUCUGUGUCCCCAAACCACAGCACCAGCUGAGCAAGCCUGGGGAGCUGAGGCAGGAAUACGAAGCAGAGAUUAGUAAGGUGGAGGCAGAAAGGCGAGCGCACGAACAGGAGGAGAACAAAGCGAGUGAGGAAUACAUCCAGCGGCUGCUGGCGGAGGAGGAGGAGGAGCAUAGGUUGGCAGAAGAGAGACGGAAGGAGAUGGAGAAGCAGCUGAAGCAAGAUGAAGAGCUGGCCUGGCAGCUCAGUAACAGUCUGAAUGAGGAUCCCGUGGGACACGUGCCUGGCAGCCCAUCACCAGCCCACAGCCUCUCCCUUCAGACAUCCCCACUGAACCUGGGCAGCAAACCAAGAAACUCUGGAGACAUUCAGAAGUAUCUGUCUCCAAAGAAUUACAGUGUGCUGGGAUCAGCAUCGUUCUCCAGUACCACAGGAGGAGGAGGCAGAAGCAACUCUAACUCUGCGGAGACCAACAGCAAUGAAGGCAGUAGUUCUGCUCUGCAGGAUGAGCAAGAGGAAAUGCCAACCCUGUCUCCACAGCUGACCAGUGUAAAUAAGGAUUCUGGUGCUAAGGAUUCAUUUUUGGAAUCAUGUAUGAACUAUUUCAGUGCCUCAGCUUCAGGUGAAACUGACACUGUCAAGCAGGAAAAAACACCAGGACCAAACGGUUUAGAAGAUGGAGUUUCAGAUACACUUCAUGGAACCACAGAAGGGGAGGGGUCUAGGACGGUUCUUUUUAGAUCCAAAGGAGAUGAUGAUGGAACUGCGUCAGACAGUGGCAACUUAACACAUGUCCAGAGGGUAGACCUUGAAAAGUCUGAUGAAACUUGUACCUCUGGUGAGUUAGGAAUGAGUUGUGUGAUGUCUGAUAGCCAGACUGUGUUGCAUGAUCUGGGGAAGGAGGCUGGACACCCAGGUGAAGACACACUAGAGAGGCCACAGAACUCUAAGGAGACUCCCAAAAGGAAGUUACUGGAGGCUCCAGCUAAUGCCAUCAUUGAUUUGGGCAUGCUUGAUAAGAGGAGAAGAACCCUUUCAGAAAGUGUAGAAGACCAAGGAGAUCAGAUGAAUGACUUUAACUUGCAGACACAAAGAGCCUUUGAGCGGGAGUUCUAUGAAAGGCGCAAGCAGGAGGAGCAGGACAGGCUUCUGGCUCUACAGCUGCAAAAGGAGCUCAACAAGGAGGAAAGGACACUUAACCGACAGAAGGGCUCUCCAGACGAGUAUCUGCUGCGCACCAAGCCACCCCGCUCUCUGAAAGACUCUUCUGCCAGGAAGGGAAAUUCCAAGGUGGCAAAAGACUCAAAGGGAUCAAAAACACAGGCUGAAGCCAGUCACCACAAGACUCGGAAAGGUUCCUGCAAUGAAAACUGGCAGUCUCCUGCCAGGGUCCGCAUGAAAUCCCCCAGCACCAAGGAAGGGAAGGUUUUGAAUUGUGUGGUUAAUACCAGUGACACAAAUGAUAUUUGUUCACUGCCUAAGACCAAACAAAAGACAAUCCUGCAGAUGUUUAAAAGCCCUGUUGCAGAGUAGAUCAGAGCCAUGGACACAUGGUGGAGUGGGAAUGGGAACUGUGGUGAUGUUCUCCUGUGCUAGGCAAAGCUUCCCUAAGCAGUUUUGAUGGUUGCUUUGGAGAGGAGCCACUUUAGACAGCAGUGCUGUGAGUUCUGAGAAGUUUUAGUAACAUACACCUCCAGAAUGUAACAUUUUUUUGAUUUUCUUUUCUUGAAUAUUAUUUUCUAGCACUUGAAGCACUUCUUGCAGGAAUUGGAACAUUUCUUAUUUUCUAAGCUUGCAUUUAUAUGGUUUGGACUGUGAAUACCGGUAGUGUUGGAAAACAAGGAUAACUGAUGGUCUGAUCUAAAAAUGAGAAUUCAAAGCCUUUAAUGGAUGCACAUUCCAUGGAGGAAACAAGUGAAAAAUGAGUCUGUAUUCCCAGCUAGCUGUCAGCUGAAGGGUUGAAGCUUCCCUCAGCACAGCCACUGUUCUGUAAAUUGAAGCACAUUGCUGGAAUUUGUUUCUGGAAUUGCAUUGUUGGCCCACCCAUUAACACGAGUGUAACCAGACAGCCACUCUUUCCCUCUCAUAUGCUAACCCCUCCCUUGGACAAAGAAAAGAGAAACAGGUCAUUCUCCACUGCCAAAGCCAAGCAUCUUCCAUGGAUGCCCAGGCUGUGGGCUCCAAUUCACCUCUUAUUCACAGAGAUUCCUCCUGCAGAUCCCAUUUUCCCUGUUGUUAAGAACAAGAUACUUCUGUUUUCUUAUUGUUAAUGUUCUGCAACUCUAUUCUUGUACAAUAGUGUUACUAUAUUUAAUGCUGUUUAAUUUUCAUACUCACACUGGUUUAUGUGAUUAAAACAAUGGUCCAGAAGCCAGAUAUGAUGGAGAAAGUUAAAAGAGAAAGAAGCAACUGAAAAUUGGAGUUGUCGGUAAUGACAUAACUGUAAUUAGAGAUUCACAUAUCUGC